AUGAAUUCGAAUGACCAUCAUGAGAAAUUAAAGAAUGGAACUGUAAAGCCUCAUUUGGAUCCAUAUUCUUAUUUGAUUAAUAAUACUAAUGGAAAGGGUUUUCGUUCCAAGUUAAUUGAUGCUUUUAAUGAGUGGUUUAAACUUUCCGAAGAUGAAUUGAAUGUAAUUAAGAGUAUUAUUGAUAAAUUGCACAAUGCCAGUUUACUAGUUGAUGAUAUUGAAGAUAAUAGUAAAUUGAGAAGAGGAAAACCAUGUGCUCACCUCAUCUAUGGCACUCCUGCAACCAUCAAUUGUGCAAAUUAUGUAUAUUUUGAAGCUUUGAAGGAUAUUCAAAAGUUAAAUUCAAGCUUUAGUGACCAACAAUCAUUUUCCGAGGCAAUCACUGUCUUUAUGGAUGAAUUGCUCUUAUUACAUGAAGGUCAAGGUUGUGAUAUUUAUUGGAGAGACAAUGGAAUUUGUCCUUCGGAACAAGAUUAUCUUGUAAUGGUGCAAAAUAAGACUGGUGGAUUGUUUAGACUUGGAGUUGGAUUGAUGAAAGCAAGUUCAACCCAGAAGGAUAGCAAAACAUAUGAUUUUACUCCACUUGUUAAUUCAUUGUCAAGGGAAAGUUCUCUUACCCAAUUAUUCACUGUAUUUUGGAACAAUUCAAAUCAGGUGACACUCGUCUUCUCAACAUUUUGA